AUGUACUUAAGGAAAGUAUACACUCUUGUCUUUCUUCAUAACGAAACACACAUUUUAUUAGGGUUAAAAAAACGCGGUUUCGGUCUCAACAAAUGGAACGGUUUUGGCGGCAAAGUGGAACAAAAUGAAACAAUUAUUGAUGCAGCAAUUCGGGAAUUACGUGAAGAAUGCUGUGUAGACGUUAAUAAAAAUAAUUUAAAGAAUAUAGGACAUCUAGAAUUCACAUUUGAAGGAGAAUCAUUACUGAUGGAUGUGAGAGUUUUUUCUGCAUCGGUAUAUGAAGGCGUUCCGACAGAAACUGAGGAGAUGUCUCCGAAAUGGUUUAAUUACGAGGAAAUACCCUUCAACGAUAUGUGGCCCGACGACCGGAUCUGGUUUCCUUACAUGUUAAAAAGCAAACUUUUUUAUGGUAAAUUUCAUUACAAAGGCUAUGAUACAAUAUUAAAUUACGAAGUGCAAGAGUUGAAAUCUAUGGAUUCGUUUUAUAAAAACAACAAAUAA